GAGGAGGAGGAAGAUUAGAUGAUGAAGCUGAGGAGGAGGAGUAAAUCAGUGUCGGAGACUCAAACGCGGAAGAAGAAGCAGCCUCUGAAAAGGAAGCAGCAGCAGAAUGAAAGGAGCCUCUGCAGACGGACGGACCACUUGUUGAACCACCUCCGGCUCCCCGGGGCCUUUCUGCUCCUUCUCCCGGGCUUCGACUCUUUCUUCCGGUUCUGUUCCGGCUCGUUUCCCGCUGCCAGCCUCAUGGCUCUGACUGGAAACGUGCUCCUCAGUGGGCUCCAGAGGCUCCGUACCUCCGCAGAGCCCCGCUGUCUUCAGGUUCGUCGGAUCAAUAUGUCAUCUUUUAUUCAUCCCGCCUGCUGAGCGCCGGCUCCGGGAGGCUGCUGCGGGCGGCGCUGCCGGCUGGCACCGCUGUCUCCGGCCGGACGGAUCCUGCUCGGCGUGGGGAGCUGCUGGGAAGCCAGCCGGGUAGUUCUUCCCCCUGGAUUAGAACCGCCCUGGUUUAUAUUUGUGGAUAUUUCUGGACGGAACCAGGCGGCUGGUUAGCUCGCCGGCUCGGAGGGACCCUCCAUACCGUCCUGAGCGUCCUCUCCGCGGGGGAAAACCGCUGGAUCCGGCCGAUGAAAUGGCUCUUUAUCUGGAGACAACAGACUCGUGAUCUGUAUAAAACUGUGAUUUGUUUAAUUUGGAACCUAAUGGGUUUGGGUUGAAUUUCUGGACCUGGAUUAGCUUCCGAAGAAGGAGGGGGAAACUCCGAGACCCUCCCCGAGCAGAGUGCCCCUUCCCCGGGCUGGCCGCCGCGUCCGGGCCGCUGGGAUGAGCUUACUGUGGGGCUGAACAUCCAUUAGAACAACGACCUUUCUACCUCAGAAGUCAGUUUACUGUACACCGUGUGGUGCCGUGUUAUAAAACGGUGUUUACGGACAUGGCCGAGUCGACCCGGCCCAGCCCAGCGGACCCCGACGCCGCCAACUGCCGGGCUGCGAGUCCGGCUGCCGUGAAGAGGCGGGCGCAGCAGUCCACGAUGGGCCACUGCUUCAAGAAAGUCACCCUGACCAAGCCGACCUUCUGCCACAGCUGCAGCGACUUCGUCUGGGGUCUCAUCGGCUUCCUGUGCGAAGUGUGUAACUUCAUGUGUCAUGAGAAAUGCCUGAAGACGCUGCGGGCGGUUUGCACCUGCAUGGCUCCGUCUAAGGUUCAGGUGCCGGUGGCUCACUGCUUCGGCCCGGCCGGUCAGAAGAAGCGUUUCUGCUGCGUGUGCAGGAAGCAGACGGAGGGAAGCACGGCGCUGCGCUGUGAAGUGUGCGAGCUGCACGUCCACGCCGACUGCGCCGCCUUCAGCUGCGCAGACUGUCGCUGCUGCCACCUGGACCAGAACCUGCAGCAGGAGUCGCUGCAGCACCAGUGGAGGGAGGGCGACCCAGCGUCGGCACGCUGCGAGUUCUGCCGCCGCUCCUGCGGUUCCUCUGAGGUUCUGUCCGGGUUGAGGUGCGAGUGGUGCGGCGUCACGAGCCACGCGUCCUGCUGCCACCGCCUCCCGGCAGAGUGCGCCCUGGGGCGACUCCGCAGCAUGCUGCUGCCACCGCCGUGCGUCCGACUCCAGUCCAGGAACUUCAGCAAGAUGCAGUGCUACCGGAUCGGCGAGAGCGGCAGCCAGGACCGCAAUAACUGGGAUGAAGCCGAACCAGCAGCUGCUGCGCCCAGAGAGCUCCAGUCUGCAGCUCCAGAGACCAGUAAGCAGGUCUUCAAGGUGUUUGACGGCGAUGAUGCGUUGAGACGCGGCUUCUUCCGAUUGGCUCCCAGCUGCCGAGGCGUGAAGAACGAGGAAGUGGAGGCGGCGCUGAGGGCCUUCUACCUGCCUGGCGAGCCUCAUGACUUUGACCUGGAGAACGUCGGUGCCGUGCAGCAUCACCAUAGCAGCGACGCGCGGGUGCUGAGGGCCAAGCUACGGCGUGAUGAUGUCAUCAAGGUGCACGCUGCCUGGAGCAGGUCGAGUGCAGUGUCAGUGGAAGUGUCAGAGACGAGCACAGCGGCGUCCGUCCUGAGCGACGUUCUGCUGCAGCUGGACAGACAGGGUGAAGAUGCGUCCAGCUUCAGUCUGCAGGAAGUCUACAUGAGCAGCAAGCAAGUGCAGAGACAAACCCUGAGUCCUCAGGAGAAGAUGGUGGACAAACUGCAGGAGAUCAGGAAGCUCUCCCUGCGUCAGAUGAACCAGACCCGUUUCUACAUAGUCCAGAACCAGAACCCAGCCGUGCAGGUCGGCCUGCUGAUCUCAGGACUGCCCCCCCUGCUGACCAAAGAGGAGUACUGCGGCCUGCUGGAGGAACACCUGGACUUCAAGGGUCACCUGGUUGCGCUAACUCACUUCUAUGAAGCUCAAGGCGCCGUGGCGCUGCAGAUUAGCUGCUUUGCUGAAGCAGAGAGGAUCUACAUGUUGUCUAAAGACACGACCAUCAGCAACAAGACGCUGACAUCACUGAUCAUACCUGAGAUCCAGUGCCAGAAGCUGGGGGACGCAGUCUGCCCCCUGCUGGUGUUCGUGAACCCGAAGAGCGGCGGGCUGAAGGGCAGAGAGCUGCUGCACAGCUUCAGGAAGCUGCUGAACCCUCACCAGGUGUUUGACAUCACCAACGGAGGCCCGCUGGCAGGCCUCCACGCCUUCAGGGAGGUUCCCAGAUUCCGGGUUCUGGUCUGCGGUGGCGACGGCACGGUGGGAUGGGUUCUGGGGGUUCUGGAGACCGUGAGGCACAAGCUGGUCUGCCGCGAGCCGCCCAUCGGCAUCGUCCCCCUGGGAACAGGGAACGACCUGGCCCGGAUCCUGCGCUGGGGGCCGGGUUACGGCGGCGACGACCCCUACCACAUCCUGGCGUCUGUGGAUGAGGCGGAUGAAGUCCAGAUGGACCGCUGGACCAUCCUGCUGGACGCGCAGGAUGUCUCAGAGGACGGGAAGGACAGCGGCGUCCUGGAGCCGCCCAAGAUCGUCCAGAUGAACAACUACUUCGGCCUCGGCAUCGACGCCGAGCUCAGCCUGGACUUCCACCUGGCCCGGGAGGGAGAACCCGACAAAUUCACCAGCAGGUUCCACAACAAAGGCGUUUACGUGAAGGUGGGUCUGCAGAAGAUCAGCCGCAGCCGCAGCCUCCACAAGGAGCUGCAGCUGCAGGUGGACAAGCAGCCCGUCCCGCUGCCCAACAUCGAGGGGCUCAUCUUCCUCAACAUCCCCAGCUGGGGUUCUGGAGCCGACCUGUGGGGGUCGGAGGCCGAUGGCCGGUUCUCCAGGCCCAGGAUUGACGACGGCCUGCUGGAGGUGGUCGGGGUCACCGGGGUCGUCCACAUGGGCCAGGUCCAGAGCGGGCUCCGCUCCGGGAUCCGGAUCGCCCAGGGAUCCUACAUCCGCCUCAUCGUCAGCAAAGAGCUUCCUGUCCAGGUGGACGGCGAGCCCUGGCUACAGGCGCCGGGACACAUCAUCAUCUCUGCUGCCGGACCCAAGGUCCGGAUGCUCAGGAAGUCCAAACUGAAGCAGAGGAAGUCUCCGUCCAGCAGUGACGGACGCUCAGACAGUCCGUCCUCCAGAGACGGGGGACACUGACAGGACCGGACCGCCAGUUCUGCCUCUGUAGCUGCUUCCUGCUGAAACCGGGAGGCCGGUCCGCUCCGGUCCGGUCCGGUUCCUGUGGCUGAGAUUCCACUCAUGUAGCUUUGUAGCCAAAGACCCACAGGAAAGCAGACGCAGGUUCCACUUCCUGCUGAGGAAGAGGAGGAGGUCAAAGUUCAUUCCUGCUCCUAAAACAAAAAUAAUCAUCUUCAUUGUGACCGUCAGACAUUCAGGACGAGUGAGGAGAAGAACCGGGUUCAUCGGGUCCGAGCGGAACCAGAACCACUGCUAAGCCUUAGCUGUGGAUUUAUAUCGUCUAAAUGUAGAAAUAUCGCAGGAAGAAGAGGAGGAUGAAGAGCAGCAUCCAGACGGGCCGUUUGCUCUGCAGACAUCUGGACCAGAACCAGAACCGGGUCAGGUUCUGGAGAACAUCCAGAACAUGGACCAUAAGCUUCUUGUUCCUCUCCUGGUUCAUUGCCACAUUAAAUGUUUUGACCGGU